UCUGUCCACCCCCCCCCCCCCCGCAAGUCGCCCCCACGUUGGUGUCCGCAUGCUUUGAGGCUCCACGAUCUGGCCACCAUUUCUUUCCCCCUCCUCCGCCCCAAGAAGCUGUCUUGUCUCCUUUGUAACAGCACUGUGAUUUCCAAGAUUCCACGAUUCCUACGCCAUAAGUUCUGACCAAAGAACUACCGCAAGGUGAGGCUUUGGUGGGUUUCGGGUUUCUGGGAUUUCUCGGGCAUCGAUUUGGCCGAUCUGGGCUCGCUGCAUUUGCCCCGUCUCAUACCCUUUGGUGUCCUCAGUGGAGUUGCAUCUGGAUCUUUGCUUGAGCAGUUUCGGGCCAUUCAUUCUUGAGUUUGGGUAGUUCAAAGGUGCGUGUCUUGAUCUGCUUGCUGCUCGGGAUUUUCGAGUUUGUUCGUCUGGCUUAAGUCCAAGAAGUGCGUUUCUGGAGAAAAGGGUCGGGAACUGGCGCUUCCGUGGUUGACUUCCGAGGCUGGUUCUUGUGGGGAGUUGAAGGAGCGUAGCUAGAUUGUUUGAUGCGUUAGUGUUUGUUUAGUUUUGAGUGUGAAUAUUGGAGCUUUUGCUAUUAUUGCUGGUCUUGGAAAUCUUUGGAGAUGGAUUAGCACUUCGGACAUGUCAUUUGUGAGGUGAUUCGUUUGCGGAAGAUGGCAUCAAAAUCGCCUUCUCCAUCUUCUCCUCCUCCUUCCCUGGCCUCGCCUCCAUCCUCCACUACCUCCAAUUCUUCAGCUAGUCCGCCGCCCUCGCCGGCGGCGGCAGCAUCUCCACCACCUAAGUCUCUUUCCGCGCCACCCCCUUCGCCGCCCCCGUCACCGCCGCCGCCGCCCCCGACAGCACCGGCUUCGCCACCCCCAUCACCUCCAGCAUCACCCCCGCCGUCGCCCCCGCCGUCGCCUCCGGCCACCCCUCCCCCGGCUGUGAACUCACCACCUCCUCCAAAUGUGCCAUCACCCCCACCACCGACCGCGGCCGCUCCUCCUCCGGCCCAGGCCCCUCCGACGCCUCUGGCGGGGACCCCGCCGGUUUCCCAACCUCCUCCUAGUCCUCCUCCUCCUCAACCAGUUUCACCUGCAACGAGUCCUCCUUCAACCCCAUCGUCAAAAUCUCCACCUCCUCCACAAGCGAAGUCACCAUCAAGUUCCCAUUCGCCUCCACCACCCUCUAGUCCUAAGACUUCUCCACCUCCAACAACAAAUUCACCACCGGAGUCCGCGUCACCUCCUUCAGUUCCCUCAGAGUCCGCGUCACCUCCUUCAGUUCCCUCGUCCUCCACUCCUGUGCCGUCACCUCCUUCUCCUCCCAGCAAUUCAUCAGCAGCCAGAAGUCCGAAUUUGUCACCAUUACCUUCCAUUCCCACUGAAAAGCCUACGGCAAGAUCUACUGAUGGGACAAAUGUAAUCGCGAAUUCCACAUCCACGGACGCAGGGGGACUAAAGACUGGUGGAGCUGUGGCGAUUGGCCUAGUGGUUGGAUUCCUGGUUCUGAGUCUUCUUGUCAUGGCUGUGUGGGUUGCAAAAAAACGGAAGAGACGGGGUGCUCAGUCAAAUGUUGGAUACAAUAUGCCUUCUCCCUUUGCCUCCUCCCAAAACUCAGAAUCAUUAUUUUUACAGCCCCGUUCGCCAAUGAUGCGAGCAGGAAGUGCUUCUGGCAGCAAUUUCAUGUAUUCACCCUCGGAACAAGGAGGCAUAAACAACUCGAAGUCAUGGUUCACAUAUGAUGAGCUAGCUCAUGCGACUGACAAUUUUUCAACCCAAAAUCUUUUGGGAGAAGGUGGAUUUGGUCGUGUAUACAAAGGUGCGUUGGUAGAUGGAAGAGAAGUUGCAGUGAAGCAGCUUAAGAUUGGCAGUGGACAAGGAGAGCGAGAGUUUAGAGCAGAGGUCGAGAUUAUUAGCAGAGUGCACCACCGUCAUUUAGUUUCGUUGGUGGGAUACUGUAUAUCUGAGCAAAAUAGGUUGCUCGUCUAUGAUUAUGUUCCAAAUGACACCCUUCACUACCAUCUCCAUGGUGAAGGCCGGCCUGUCAUGGAUUGGGUGACUAGAGUGAAGGUUGCUGCUGGUGCUGCUCGUGGAAUAGCUUACCUGCAUGAAGAUUGCCAUCCUCGUAUAAUACACCGGGAUAUAAAAUCCUCGAACAUCCUUCUUGACAAGAACUUUGAAGCUCAGGUCUCAGAUUUUGGUCUUGCAAAAUUAGCUUUGGAUUCAAAUACGCACAUUACAACACGAGUCAUGGGGACUUUUGGAUACAUGGCUCCAGAGUACGCAACUAGUGGAAAGUUGACAGAAAAAUCUGAUGUUUAUUCGUUUGGGGUUGUUCUUUUGGAGCUGAUUACUGGACGCAAGCCUGUAGAUGCCUCUCAGCCAAUUGGUGAUGAGAGCCUGGUUGAAUGGGCCCGACCGUUACUCACUCAAGCACUUGACGAUGAGGACUUCGAGCCAUUGGUAGAUUCGAAGCUACAAAAACAGUACGUUCAAAGUGAGAUGUUCCGAAUGAUAGAGGCAGCCGCAGCUUGUGUUCGGCAUUCGGCCACAAAAAGGCCGCGUAUGAGUCAGGUCGUUAGGGCUUUAGAUUCAUUGGACGAAUUGUCAGAUCUCAGCAACGGAAUGAGACCAGGGCAAAGCGAAAUCUACGAUACCAGAGAGCAAUCCGCGCAGAUCAGGAUGUUCCAGCGGAUGGCAUUCGGUAGCCAAGACUAUAGCACUGAUUUUUUCGACAGAACUCAGAGCAGCUGGAGAAGCCGUGGGUCUGCAGACCAGAGUAUGUAGUCGGACUUCACGAGUACCGAAACGAACCCGCCCCUGGGGGUUUGAUUCUGAGCCGAGUACAAACAGAAUGACCCGUUCCGAGCGAUGCUCUAUCGUAACAACCCGACGCCGGAUUAGGAGCCGUUCAUCGCAUCUCCCGGGAAACGAGGCAACUCCCUUGUAAAAUCUCGCGAACUCCAACAUUCUUUUUCCCUGCGCCACGAGGAUAGCCGUUUAUGCUUAGAGAGUUGUUUGGUUCAGCAUUUGAUUUAGCAAUUGGUUGUAUUGUAUUCAUCUUUGAUUCGUGCAUAUAUAUAUAUAUAUAUGAGCUCUUCUGCUGAUUCUUGCAAUGUGGAUAAAGUAUCCUCUUUUCCAAUCA